GGAAGGAACGUUUGUUUCGCGAUAGAAUGUUUUUUCAUGCUGCAGUUUAUAUCUAUCAUAUAUAGGCAGCUUUAGCUAGGUGGAUUAACAUGCGAAAUUAUUCAUUAUUUACACCUAAUUGUUGAUAUAUUUCCUAUGGAAAUAUGCAUGGUGUAUCAAACUUUAAUCAGAAUCUUUUUGGCGAUGCCGUUUGACAGCUUAACUCUUUUUUAAGUUUGAAAUAAAUUCACUUUUCUGGCUUGAUAUAAUUGUUAAAAGGAUCCGUAAAUUAUACGCCAAUUGGAAUUUACUUCAAAUGGAUUGAUCUUUUCUCUUGAUCAAGGAAUUUUGUUCGAAUUGUGUAAUAUCUAUUAUACAUGAAUGGUUGGAGAUUUGCCAGACAUCGUCGGAGAAGGACCGAUUUCAGAUCUAGGAGAUCUAAAAGGAUGGUGGAAUAAUCACGCUAUAGUAGUCUGGAGUUUUGUUCUUUUCGGUUGUUUCUUACUAAAUGUCACGCUUCUAUUGGCAUUCCUUAUACGUCCGUCAUUACGGACAAUUUCUAACAGGUUUGUCAUGAAUUUAACAGUGUCGAACCUGUUGGUAUGCGCUAUCGUGAACCCAUUGUUAAUUAUGGACGCUGCUUCGACAUCGUCCAAUUCCUUCAUAGCCGAAUCUCAAUCCAUUGGAAGUAUUUGCGCGAUAUCAGAAGGUGCCGUGGCUAUUGUUACCACAUCCUCAGUCUUUUCGGUCCUAUUGAUCGCCAUGGAUCAAUACUUUGCCGUGGUAGAUCCUCUGCGUUACCGAGCUCGCGUGGACAAACUGAAAUCUGGAAUAUUGAUUAUUUCAACCUGGUUCAUCUCCAUAAUUUUUGGCUUCCUCGCUUUUUUUAAUCCAAAUCCUCAAAGUUUCUGGCAAUCUUGCAUAUCCAGAAACAAAAAUUUAUUUUCCAAUAUUUCCUUCGAUUUUCUAACAACAGAAUCAACAGUUACUAUAUUGGAUAACAACACCAACGAUCUGAACAUCAAUGGAAUUUCUGAAAUAAUGGAAACUGUCGAGUCUAUCAGACUCGACGAAAAUAUGGAUCUCAUAGAGAAUACUACUACUGUGAUCUUUGAUACGCUUACAAAUGAUACAAUUACUUACGGCUUUGUCUAUGCUAUCGUGUACAGUAUAUUCGCUUAUUUCAUCCCAUUUGUUGCUGUUUGCUGGAUUUAUGUUAGCAUCUAUGUGGCUGCACGUAGAAAUUCGGAAAGGACUAGAAAAAGUGGAUCUAGACCUAUAUUAUCGUCAUCCAGUUUCACAGAAGAUCAAAAUGGUCCACCUAGGCUUCAACGUCUUCAGACGGAUACCAUUGAGGAUUUUCGCAAGUUGCCGAAGAUAUCGAGUUUAUCGUCAAUAGAUGAGACGAGCGAAACUAUGCAACCGACUGGUCAAUUAUCUCGAAGACGAUCAUUUUCGUCUUCCAUGGAUAUAGAAGAAUCUUCUCCUCCUUUAGAGGAUAAGACAUCUUCGGGCAUUGUCUUCACAGUCGAUUUACAAAGAGUUGAAAUGACUCAAUUCACAAAUGAUGAAAAAAAUUGUAAAAAUGAUAAUUCGUACAAUGAUUUAGUGAUUGAACAAAAUAUCGAUCAAAAUAAGUAUCGAGAGCAAGAUCUGGAGUCUGAAAAAAACGACAGAUCAUCGAAAGAUUUGAAAGAAAACGAACAAGUGACGGAUAAUUGGAUGUCAAGAAGUUUAGAUAUCGAGGAAAGCAAUGAAUCUAAAAACGAAGUUCGUUUCGAUUAUUUUGAUAAUUUAAACGUUCAUAAUAAAAAGUUUUCCUUAGCUCUUUGCGAUAACAAUUCAUUAAAAUCAUUGAAAAUUUUUCAAAUGGAAGGAGAAGAAAGUUUAAAUAAUGAAGUCAAGCAAAAUGAGCUAAAAGUAAUUCAUGAAAUUAAUGAUCAAAGAGAAGAACAUAUAUUACAAGUAGAUGAUGACUUGACAAAUCAAUUAUCAAACCAAGGAGAUUCUAAAAUAUCACCGAGUCCUUCAGAAGUGAGAUCAAACCGUAGAUUAUCGACGUUCUUUAAUACAGACACUUUGCAGAACACAUGUGAAGAUAGUACCAAGACUGAGAAAGAUAAUAACGGUAGCAAUGUUAUUAUAGAAUCGUCCUCGUGUCUGCUGACGCCAAUAGUGACGAUUACACCGGCUCCAAGUAAAAACGAUAGCUUGCAUCGUGUGUCAAGCGUGAGGAGUACCUCGAGCUACAUAAAUUCGUUGAAAGACCGGAUAAGCAAUGGUUCUAUAUUUAGGCACAGAGAAGAGACCAGAGCAGCGCGAAUAAGCGCUCUGGUAAUCGUGAUGGGUCUGACUUGUUGGUCGCCAUAUGUAAUAUUGUUGGUAAUGAAAAAUCUACCUCGGUAUACUGACCAACAUUUGUCUCAUAAAUACGACGUACUGGCCUCCAGUUUCUUGAUUCUGGCCGCCUAUAUUAGUCCAUUGUUAUUCGGUUAUCGAUCAAAACGAGUGAAGCGUGAAUUGAGGAAGUUCUUCUGCUUCAGAAGAGAAUUAUCUUAUAAAAAUAAUCGAAGUUUGAUGGCCAAGAAAGUGUUGAAAAGACGGCAUAGUAGCAAUCUUAGUCAUUUCGAGAUAGAUCAUAAAUACAAUAUAUUUAAUUGUAUGUACGGAAGGAACCGAUGGCCGAAGGAAAAGGUUCAAUUUGUUCAAGUACCGGACACAGCAUUGGUUGUAGAAACUUGUAGGAGCAGUUUCUCCAGUGGAGCAAGUACUCAGAUUUCGAGCACUUCGACGGAGGAAUGUUGAUACAUAUCCAUGACGUUCCUUAGAGUUUGAUGUUCGUUUGAAAAGUAGUUUUUUAGUAAUGUCUUUUAUAAAGUACUUAACACGCAAUUAUAAUUGUAUAUCAUUUUAAAAUUGUUUUUUUGUGAAAGAAUUUCAGAUAAGAUGUUGAUAGAUAGAGACUGAACGAAAAGCUUAAUUGUAUAAGAUGGUUAAAAAAAAUGGUCAAAUAAUUUAAAAAUAUGUAGUUCUUAAAUAAUUUUCUAAAAAGAUAAAAAUCAAUGUUCAAAAUUAGAAGAAAUGGGCAAAAUGAGAAUGGGCAAAAUUUCUAUUUCAAGUUUUGAUUUUUCAUUUUUCUUUUUAAACUUUUUGUAAAUAAAUAAAAUUUGUUUUUAUUUUUUCUUUCAACAAAAGUUUUAAGAAAAGUGAUAGUUAUAAUAGACAUAUUUGUUUUGUUUAUUUUAAUGUAUACUAUAUGUCUUCAAAUUAUUUGACUUAUUUUUUUAGAUCUUGCAAUAUUGAUAAUUAUAAUUGAUUAUAUGAGAUAAUGUUUUAAUAAUUCCUCUAACGAAUUUUUAAAUAAUCACAAUAAGACAAGAAAUAUAUCAAGGAUCGUGAAUUACAUAUGAAAUACACAGAUAAAUUUGUGUAAAGCAAACCGUUAUGUUUGUUUCAUCAAUUUUUCAUUUCAUUUUUAAGAUGAGAUAUCAUUAGUAUUACAUAUAUAUGUAUAAGUUAUUUGAUAUAUACGUAACAUUUAAUUACGUAAUUUAUAGAAUUAAAUUAAUAAUAUUAUCGAUGAGGCUGUAUCAAAGAUAAAUAGGUUCUUUUUUUAUUCAAGUGGUGACAUAUUUUUCAUCACAACAUUUAUAAAAUAAUACGUGCAAUUUCAUGCAUCAUUGUGUUCGCAUAAACAAUUACUAAAACAUAAUAAUAGUUAUAAUAAAAAUAAUGCUUAUAGAUUACAAUAGAGAGGCCAUAAGUAUUGAUUGAUCUAGUCGAUUUAAAUCUACUAGGAUAAUAGUAUAAUAAGUUCCAACAUCUCUUUAUUCUUCCAUUAAAUGAAUUAGUUUCACUUAUAUACUUCACUUGCUUUUUUAUCUAAUUGUAAAUAGAUUAAUAUUUAUUAGUUAUAAAUUUUUCCAUUUAUUUAUAUAUAUAUAUAUAAGUCAUAAUAGAUAUCUAACAAUAAUUUUCGUCCAUAUUAAAUUUAUAAUAAUAUAUUUAAAAUUUGAAAUUUGUCUAUAAACUUAAAAUCAUAACUUGACUCAAUACGACUGGUUUAACCAAUAUUUAUGAACUUCAGUGUAAUAUGUAUGAGUAUAAAAAAUGUACUUGUGGUCUCUACUUGAUUAUUGGAUAAUAUAAUUAAGUCAUUUCACACCAUUACAUGCGUGACGACAAUAUUAUCACGUGAAUAAUAUUGUGCGAUGCGUAAAACAUUAUAUUACUUUUGCGCAUUGAAUAACAUUUUAUUGAAAUAUUUGGCGUAAUUUAGCGAGGAACUAUUCAACGACACUUAAGCGUAUAACAUUUGAACUAUUUAUUAUUGAUAAAUUUUUCAAAGUAUUUUCGUAAAUAAAUAUAUGUAUAUAAAACAUAUAUGCAUACACAUCUUUAAAUAUAUUAUACAAACAAUAAUAAUAUUUCAUAAAUCUAUUGAGCCUUGAAGUAUCAAGGAUGGUUUACCGACUAUUUUGUACAUUACAAAUAAAAAAUCUUUUUUAUUUAUAUUAAAUAAUUUGUACAUAAAAAAAAUAGUAUAAUGAUAAAUCUAUCAUAUACCGCAUAUUACACGAUGGUUCGUGUAUAUAUGUUCGAACUUGUAUUUUUGUAUGAAAACACAUAAACAUAUGUAUAUUUAACAAGUUGUUUUUUAAUAAUAUAACAAUAAAUAAAAAUUUAUUUUGGGCUUCUUUUAUCAAAAAAUAAUUCUACAA